UUUCUUUCUCUCCUUUCCCCGUCAGUGCUUUCUUCCCCUGCGGAUCCGUCGGGUACAGCUUUUUGGCGGUGGUGCUUUGCUCAGUCACUGCUGGGUGUUUUGUCGCGUGGGCGGGCCACCAAUUUCACUGAUAAGAUUCCCUCUCCCCCCCGUCCCGCGCAAAGCCCGUCCUCGGACGAUAUCCUUAGAGUUCGCCUUUUCUGAACCCGCAAACUUCCCUUUAAUCCUCUCGCCGCAAAAGACGGACUCUACAGAGGUUGUCAGGGAUUCUGUACGACGGACGUCAGCACGACAUCUGGGAACGAAUUGGCAGAGUAGACCUUUUAAUCCUUACCACGACUUUCGAGAAAUCGCCCACCUCCUUUUUUGUAACCCGUGAUCGCCGCCGCCGCGACCUUCAACCUCCGUCAAACACCGCGAGAACCGAGCGAGCGAAGCAUCCUUUCCUAAACGUCUGAAGAGCCUCGGAGCAUUCAUCUGAGAAUUACAAGAAAAACAACAAAAUGUCGGCCCUCCAGUCCUUCAGCAAGUGGCUGCACCUGAAGCAGUACCAAAUCGAGGUCACCUUCAGCGUGUACAUCUUCACGCCCCUGGAAAAGUUCAUCUUUUACACCGUCCUCUUCCUCCUCAGCAGCUUGACCAUCAUCGCCACCGUUCUCUACCUGCCCCAGCACAUCGCCUUCCUCAUGAGCCGCGCCUGGUUCUACAUGCACGGCGACCCGAUCGACGCCGUCGUCGAUACCGUAGUGGACGCCGUCGAGUUCACAAAGGCCGCCGUCGAGAGCGUGCUGAUGGCCGAGAAGACGGGCACGACUGCGGCCGCGCUGGCUCAGCAGACUGUCGAGCUCGUCAAGGAGUUGUAAAGACUUUUUUUUUUUCGCUUCAUGAAGGAGGGGCUUGUGCAUCCCUUGCCACGCAGGCAAGCUGGCAAUUUCCAUGACAUGACAACGAUGCAUGCCGAAUGAACGAAUGGGAAGGAGAGAGUCAGAGAACCAACGAGGGAGCGGGAGAGGAGGAUCUUAAUGGCGAGACAUGGACCACCGGACCGCCCGAUGAAGAGCUCGAAGGGCGUGUCGCAUGUUGCGCGCGGAAAGUGUCGUUUAUUCGCUUCUGGUGCGGGCGUUUCAUUGGGGGUUUCUUUUUUAAUAUGAACCAGGUGCAUUCAAUUCAGGUUCGGACACGAAAAGGCAUAUACAUAUAUACACUAUAAACUCGCAAUACAUGCGGCGACGCGUGUCUUUUAAUUCAUAUCCAUUCAUAUAUGCAUAGGACUCGGAUCUCAAGCGUCUUUUAGGUGUCUACUCGAGGAUCAACGAGUGCUUCAAAAACGUAAACUUCAUUUCAUUCAUUCGUCGGACUUGGACGGCGCGCCUAGUCCUGUGAAGCUGUAUACGCGCAAGGAACUAUCUUCACCUGCGAUGCCCAACUCGUCUAUGCUGCCAUCGCUCUUUGAUGGUCG